AUAGGCUGAGGAGAGAUGGAAUCAGACCUGCGUUCAGAAGAAGCCUUUGACCACCACGUCUUGGAGGAUGUGCCUCAUGGUACCCAGCCAGAGACGGCUGCUGCUUUGAAACGUACACUAGAAUCCCUGAUGGACCGCGGGGCCAUAGUGAGGAACCUGGAAAACCUUGGUGAGCGCGUUCUUCCGUACAAGAUCUCCAGCCACGGCCAGCAGCACAGCAGAGGCGGGUAUUUCUUGGUGGAUUUUUAUGCCCCAACAAGUGCUGUGGAAAGCAUAUUGGAUCACUUGGCUCGAGACAUUGAUGUGGUUAGACCAAAUGUUGUGAAACAUCCUCUGACCCAGGAAGUAAAAGAAUGUGGUGGCAUUGUCCCAGUCCCACUUGAAGAAAAACUGUAUUCAACAAAGAGGAGGAAGAAGUAAGAUUUUCCGGAUUUCGGCCUUACAUCGAAUCCUAAGUGCACAUUGGGUGCUGAUAGGUUAUUUUCUAGGAUGCCCAUGCCCAUGACCCUUCUGCUGCAGGAGGUGGGGACUGCUCGCUGAGACCUGCCCUGUCAUCUCCGGUGCCUACAGACCAAUCUUGGUUUCAUUAGCAUUGUGCAAUUGUCAGUAAGGGUAUCCACCUUACCACUGCAGCCUUUGGAGAGAAAAUUGUUUGUUAUUCAUACUUGGGUGUCUUGCAAAACUAAAUGGAAAACAGAGAGCAGAGUAAUAAACAUGACUUUACCAAUC